GCAAGCAGAGGCAGCAAAAACAAAAACACCCAAGACAGACGAGGGAAGAGGAAGGAAACAAAAAGCUGCCCCUUAUGGAAGAUAUAAAGGAUUCUAAGGUGAAGAGAUUUUGCUCCAAAAAUAUUCUGAUCAUCCUUGGUUUCACCUCUAUCUUGGCUGUGAUAGCUUUGAUUGCCGUGGGACUGACCCAGAACAAACCAUUGCCAGAAAAUGUUAAGUAUGGGAUUGUGCUGGAUGCGGGGUCGUCUCACACCAACCUGUACAUCUACAAGUGGCCGGCCGAGAAGGAGAAUGACACAGGGGUGGUGCAGCAGUUGGAGGAAUGCCAAGUGAAAGGUCCUGGAAUCUCAAAAUAUGCUCAGAAAACAGAUGAGAUCGAUGCAUACCUGGCUGAAUGCAUGGAACUGUCCACAGAACUGAUACCAACAUCCAAGCAGCACCAGACCCCUGUCUACCUGGGAGCCACGGCAGGCAUGCGCUUGCUUAGAAUGGAAAGCAAGCAAUCGGCAGACAAGGUCCUGGCUGCGGUGUCGAGGAGCCUUAAGGGCUACCCCUUUGACUUCCACGGUGCCAGGAUCAUCACUGGACAAGAGGAAGGUGCCUAUGGGUGGAUUACUAUUAACUAUCUGCUGGGCAGAUUCACUCAGGAACACAGAUGGCUAAGCCUCCUCUCAGACAGUCAGAAACAGGAAACCUUUGGCGCUUUGGAUCUUGGCGGAGCCUCUACACAGAUCACCUUCGUGCCCCAAAACAGCACCAUAGAGUCCCCAGAAAACUCUCUGCAAUUCCGUCUCUAUGGCGAGGACUAUACUGUGUACACACACAGCUUCCUGUGCUAUGGGAAGGAUCAGGCUCUCUGGCAGAAACUGGCCAAGGACAUUCAGGUUUCAAGUGGUGGCGUUCUUAAGGACCCGUGCUUUAACCCAGGGUAUGAAAAGGCUGUGAAUGUAAGUGAACUCUAUGGCACUCCCUGCACCAAAAGAUUCGAAAAGAAACUACCGUUUGAUCAGUUUCAAAUCCAGGGCACUGGAGACUACGAACAGUGCCACCAGAGCAUCCUUGAGCUCUUCAACAACAGCCACUGCCCUUACUCCCAGUGUGCCUUCAAUGGUGUCUUCCUGCCACCUCUCCAUGGGAGUUUUGGGGCAUUUUCUGCUUUCUACUUUGUGAUGGAUUUUUUUAAGAAGAUAGCGAAAAACAGUGUCUUCUCUCAGGAGAAAAUGACUGAGAUAACAAAAAAUUUUUGCUCAAAAUCUUGGGAGGAGAUAAAGACAUCUUAUCCUUCAGUAAAGGAGAAGUACCUGAGUGAAUACUGCUUCUCAGGCGCCUACAUCCUUUCUCUCCUGCAAGGCUAUAACUUCACGGAGAGUUCCUGGGAACAGAUUCAUUUUAUGGGCAAGAUCAAAGACAGCAACGCAGGGUGGACUUUGGGCUACAUGCUGAACUUGACCAACAUGAUCCCAGCUGAACAGCCAUUGUCCCCACCUCUCCCUCACUCCACCUACAUCGGCCUCAUGGUUCUCUUCUCCCUGGUCUUGGUCGCUGUGGCCAUCAUAGGCCUGAUCAUCUAUAGCAAGCCUUCAUAUUUCUGGAAAGAGGCAGUAUAGCAGGAGCAGCUGAAAUGUGCUGGCUGGAGAGAGAAAACAGCCUGCCCAGGAACUGGUCAGGCUCCUCCCUGCAGGGAGGGAGGGAGGCCUGAAUCACCCUUCCCUGCUUACCUGGGACAGUCUAGACCAGCAUGAAGUUUCUGAGGCUGCCUGGAGCCUUUCCGUGGGGUCACUUGACACCCUCUUCCUCAAGAACUUCCCGGUGAUACUCUCUUGUCUUUUCCAGUUACCCUCUCUCUCCUUUGUCCUCUGUGCUUGGGAUCACAAAUGUCAUGAUCUGUGCUUCAUAAAAGAACAAUAUCAGCUUUGUCUCAAAGAACUAAGAGUCCUGAGUGCCACCCUGCCCAAGCUGAGCUGGCUGGAAGACGAAAAUCGGAAACUGUCUCAGCCAUGGCUUUGGGACCCCCCCACCCCCCAUAUCUCCUAAUAAAGCCAUGCAGUGCCUUUGGAGAGAAGAGACACAAACCCAGUCCAAGCCUGCCCUUUGGAUAGGAGAAUUUUCUAAAGUAGAUAAAUAUGUGCUAAAGCCAAAGAGUCUUUGCCAAGGAGCUUAUGUGCUUGUGCAGCUAAUGUGACUCAGCAUCUACUGAAAAUAAGAAUGGAAACAAACACGUUGUAUGUUCCUGUGUGAUGCCAAAAUGCUACCAAGUAGAACACAGAGAUUUUUGAAGAGCGGAUGCAUGUGUAGGCAUUCAGGGCAUAGCAUGUGACAGUAGUACACACAACUAGGAAGACAGCUACAGAUACCUCCCAGAGUUGGGAAAAUAUAUCUUCAAUGCA